UCAGACUGCGUCUGCGUCGGUGUGGCUACAAAAGAGGGCUGGGCUCAGUGGGGUGGUCUAUCGUCAUAUUUUACUCGAAGGCCGUGUCACUCUACCUAUCGCCAUGAGCAAAGAGGGGUACAAUACGCCGCGUGAACCCGAGCAGCUGCGCAAGCUGUUCAUUGGAGGUUUGAGUUUUGAGACGACAGAUGAUAGCCUUCGUGAAUAUUUCGAACAAUGGGGAACCCUGACCGAUUGUGUGGUCAUGAGAGACCCCGACUCGAAAAGGUCAAGAGGGUUUGGGUUCGUGACCUACAGCUCUGUGGACGAAGUGGAUGCAGCCAUGUCUGCUCGUCCACACAAGGUGGAUGGAAGAGCAGUGGAACCCAAGAGGGCAGUUUCGAGAGAGGAUUCUAACAAGCCAGGAGCCCACACAACCGUCAAGAAGAUUUUUGUUGGAGGCAUCAAGGAAGACACAGAGGAGCACCAUUUACGGGAAUACUUCUUGGGAUUUGGCACGAUCGAUGCCAUUCAGAUCAUGACUGAAAAGAACAGUGAUAAGAGGAGAGGGUUUGCCUUUGUCACAUUCGAAGACCACGACUCUGUUGACAGGAUUGUCAUCCAGAAGUACCACACGGUCAACGGCCACAACUGCGAGGUCAGGAAAGCCUUGUCGCGUGACGAGAUGAACAGGAUGGGUCCAGGCCCAAGGGGUGGCAGAGGAGGAGGUGGAGGUUUUGGCAGAGGGGGAGGAGGCGGAUAUGGAGGUGGCUAUGGAGGUGGAAGAGGAGGAGGAGGAGGCGGCGGCUAUGGAGGGGAUGGCUAUGGCAAUGGCUAUGGGGGAAAUGAUGGUGGCUAUGGUGGUGGUGGAGGGUAUGGAGGCGGCGGCGGCGGUGGUGGCUAUGGAGGUGGUAACCGUGGUUACGGAGGAAGUGGAGGCGGCUAUGGCAACCAGGAUGGCUAUGGAGGCGGUGGCUACAAUGAUGGCUAUCGGGGAGGAAGUGGCGGCGGUGGUGGAGGCGGCAGCUAUGGCGGUGGAAGCUUUGGAGGUGGUGGUGGCAGCAGUGGUGGUGGCGGUGGCUACAAUGACUUUGGAAGCUACAGCCAGUCCUCGUCCAGCUACGGCCCCAUGAAGAGCAGUAACUACGGGGGUGGAGGUGGCGGAGGCAGAAACAGCGGCCCCUACGGUGGUGGUGGUGGUGGCUAUGGUGGUGGAGGAUCUGGUGGUGGCGGCUACGGAGGAGGCUCUGGCGGAGGCAGACGCUACUAAGCAGAUUGGGCCACAGUGCUUAGGAGAGAGGAGAGCCAGAGAGGUGACAGGGAAAGGAGGAAAAGCAAAGAAAGGAGCCAGGAAGCAGGUUUUACAACCCUAGAAAUCUGCUCAGCCAUGCGGUGUUGGUUGGAUGUUAAAACGCAUCCACCGCACGAAGAGAUGUGUACAUUAGAGGAGGAGGGAGGGGGGAAAAUCAUGUGGGUUGGGACGGGCUUUCUCCAUGAGAAUGUCGGCUUAUGAUCUUGUUUGUCUUUUUUUGCCUUUUUAUUUGUGAUGAAAAGUUGUCCUGCUAGUUUUGAGAUUGUAGUGUUUUUGUUGCUUUUCUUAUUUGUCUUGUGGAGGCAUUCCAGUAGUUCAAUUUGUAGGGAUUAUCAUUUUAUUUUGGUUUUUAAGGUUCUACUUAUUUGCAUCCCCCAAGCUAUGGUUUCGAUGUAAGACACCGCAAAUCAAGAUUAAAUAAACAGCUUCAGUUUUCCUUUUCUAUUUAAAA